AGGUCUCGGUCUCAUCUUUUUCCUCUUUUUUCUCCUUCCCUGGCAGACACAACAGGGCCGCCAAGGUUGGACCUUCGCACAAAGCGUCAAGUUCGAUUUAAAUAUUUACAAGGGUGUUCUAUUUUCUUCUACAUCCCCUACUUUUGCAACUACCGACCCUGUCGAAGCUCGAUUCACCACCUUGACCCAACCCCAAGAAGCUAUCGAAAGCUCAGAGUCCAAGAUGUCGACCACGGAGCAGACUUUCAUCGCCGUCAAGCCCGAUGGUGUCCAGCGUGGCCUCGUUGGCAAGAUCAUUUCUCGCUUUGAGGACCGAGGCUUCAAGCUGGCUGCCAUCAAGCUGAUUACCCCUGGCAAGGCGCACCUCGAGAAGCACUAUGCUGAUCUUAAGGACAAGCCUUUCUUCCCCGGUUUGGUCGAGUACAUGAACAGCGGCCCAAUUUGCGCCAUGGUCUGGGAGGGUCUUGAUGCCGUCAAGACCGGCCGAGUCCUCCUCGGCGCCACCAACCCGCUCGCCUCCGCUCCCGGUACCAUCCGUGGCGACUUCUCCCUGGCCGUCGGCCGCAACGUCUGCCACGGCUCCGACAGCGUCGAGAGCGCGAAGAAGGAAAUUGCCCUGUGGUUCCAGGAGGGCGAGGUUGUCAGCUGGGAGAGCGCCCAGGCCAAGUGGAUCUACGAAUAAGCGUAGGACGCGAGACCGAUGCGAUGAUAUCCUCCUAGGAUGCUAGCCGAGAGCAGAGCACACAACCCGGCGUCACGAGAUAAUGAAAAGAAAAAAAAGGUACAAGGAAUUGAGAUAAACCAUAGGCAAGAUGGGUAUCCAAUACGCUUCAUUUUCUGGCCGUGAUAUGCAUGA